AUGAUUUUAUGGACAUUACGACCAAAAUCAUUAAUGACAUGGCCACAAUGUUUAAAACGAUUAUUUAAUCGACAACGACUAUUUAAUAAAUGUAAAAAUUCGGAAAUAUUAGAUCGUGAUAAAGCUGAAAAAGUCAUGAGAAAUAUAUGUGGUAUUCCAUAUCUUAUUCAGGCUAUUCAAUAUAGUAUGGAAACAACAUAUUAUACAACAAUGUUGGCAGAAAAGAAUAAUGGUGGUAUAACAACAACUUCUGUUAUACAUACUGCUCCCAAAUGUACCAGUGUUAUUGAUUCGGAUCAUGAAGAUUGCUGUUCCGGUCCGGAAACGAUGAUAUCAAAAGAGCAAGUUCGUGUAGUUGAAACAAUCGAAGAAUGGAUCCCAAUAGGAUCAUCAUCCUGGAAUAAUACUCAGCUAAGGCUUUCGAUAAAAAAUAAUCCUGAUAGUAGAAUCAAUGUAUUCCCAUAUACUGAAAUAAUGCCACGGCCAAAUGCUGAUACAAUUUUAGAAUUGACUGAAACAUCAGGAGAAAUUACACCAGAAACUGAGGAAAAAACAAAUUUCCUAAAAAGGUUAGCAUAA